CUAGCUGACGCAGGAUGGCUUCCAUCAUGGGGUUACAGCAACCUGCUGCAUCCCAGGACACCGUGGAUUACACUGGAUAUUUGCAAUCGUCUCAGUGUCAUCAGGUCCAUGGAAGUCAAGCAAACGGACAGAUCCAGUCUGCGCAGAAAUCACCGUCCAAUGAUCACAAUACCAGCUUCACCAGCACCAAAGGAUUGCUCAAUGGACCAGGUCAAAAUAAUUGUUUCCUCAACAGCGCUGUCCAGGUGUUAUGGCACCUCGACAUCUUCCGGCGAAGCUUCAGGGAACUUUCCGGACACGCCUGCAUGCGGGAGUCCUGCAUCUUCUGCGCCCUCAAGGACCUGUUCUCGCAGCUGCAGUUUUCGCAAGAGAGCGCGCUGCCGCCCGACACGCUGCGCCGCGCUCUGGCCGAGAGCUUUCUCGAUCAGCAAAGGUUCCAGCUCGGAUUCAUGGACGACGCUGCGGAAUGUUUCGAAAACAUUCUUCUGCGUAUACAUCUGCACAUCGCCAGCGGGGAGGCAGAAGACAUGUGCAGUGCGAGACACUGCGUGCCGCAUCAGAAGUUCGCCAUGACGCUGGUUGAGCAAAGCGUCUGCGGAGCUUGCGGCGCCACCUCGGAGCCUCUGCCUUUUACACAGAUGGUCCACUACGUGUCAGCGUCAGCACUGACGUCGCAAGCUCGCCAGACACCACCUAAUUCCCGAAACAGCCCGGAUCUGUUCGGUCAGCUGCUUCGGAAAGCAGGAGGCAUGGGCGACAUCAGGGAUUGUCCGAGCUCUUGCGGUGCGAAAAUCCAAAUCUGCCGGACUCUGAUGAACCGGCCGGAAAUAGUUUCCGUCGGAGUCGUAUGGGAUAGCGAACGGCCAUCGUUGGAGCAUAUCAUGGACGUUUUCGCAACCGUGGGAACGUCCCUCAGAUUGAGCGAUGUUUUCCACAGCGUGGUGGACUCUCGAUGGGGUGCCUCGACCGUGCACAAUCUCGUCGGGGUCGUCACGUAUUACGGGAAACACUACUCCACCUUCUUUUUCCACACUAAACUAAAGGUGUGGAUCUACUUCGACGACGCUACCGUCAAGGAAAUAGGCCCACGUUGGGAGCAGGUGGUGGAGAAGUGCAGAAGGGGUAGAUAUCAGCCGCUGCUUCUGCUGUACGCAACCCCUGGUGGAACCCCGGUGAACACGGAGAACGCCCCGAAAACCGUAACGCCUUUCCCGAACGGAAAUGGACUGAAGACACCCCCGAAGAAUAAUGUUCGACGAUCGAUCACGCCCAGCCCGGAAAAACCAUCGAUCAACAGUACUGCCAGACGUGCCAUCACGCCCAAUCCCGACAGCCCUCCUCACCCUUACACGCAGCGCAGGAUUUACAGCGAUUAUCAGAAUCUGACUGACAUUCAGAACAAUAUCUUCGGCAAUCAGGGUGUCGACACCGUGGACGGGGAGGCAGAAUCGAAGUAUAUCAGUCGACGUGCGGUGGAGACCGUGAUGCAGCAGCAGAAGAAGCAGCAAAUGCAGUUGACGCGCAGUCUGAGCGCAGGAUCGACGCCGCAGGAUGCCAUCAGUAUUCCGGAUCACUUGAACGUGCCUCGGAGGCGAGAUUCCGGAAACUGGUCCGGCGAUCGGAACAGCGCUUCCUCGAGUUCCUCCACCACGAUGGACAAUCCGUAUUUGUAUAUCGUAAACAAAAUGCAGAGGAACUCGGGCGUGCCGAAAAGCCCGACCAGCAAGUCCGGAGAACUCUCGAGCAGCAGCAGCGGCCAUUACGAUGCCGGAUACGACUCGUAUUCUUUGUCUUCCACGGACAGCCUUCCGCUACAGCAGGGCCUGAAGCAUAACCUGCAGCUUGCCCAGAUCCCGGAAGGCUACCAAGCUUCCUCAGGCGACGACUGCGAACGCCUCUGCAAGGAAACCGACGCGCUCCUGGACAAGUCUCGAGCUGCCGAGGAUGCAGGUGACCUCAGCACCGCGGUUGCUCUGUGCAGCGCAGCCAGUAGCAAAGCUAGAGCCGCCAUGGAUGCACCGUACAAUAAUCCUUACACGAUCACGAUAGCGAGAAUGAAGCACAACACUUGCUUGAUGAGGAGCAAAAGCUUGCACAGAAGGAUGUUGCAGGAGCAGGCGACAGCUAAUGGAGAAAAAGAAGAAGGUGCACCGGAAGGUAGACACUCGCGAGAGAACAGCAAGUCCAGCCAACACUCUCGUCAGAGUUCCAGGGACAAGGGGAACCAUUCUAGACAGAACAGUCGAGAAUUGCUUGUAAAUGCGCCAGCCACGACAAACGACAAGCCAGCUACGAAGAGCAUCGAAAUCUACGCCACCUUGCCAAAAAAGAAGACUCUACGCAGUAAAGCAACAGCCGUGAACGUGAUCGAGGACGAAGAGUACAUGCUGUACGAUCGACCAAUGCAAAGGACAGGUCUGUUCAGUCGCACGAAACGUUGCGACGACGAUAAGAAAGACAAGAAACGAGCUCGAAGCGAGGAGAGGAACAAGAACGUCUCGAAAGACUUUUCUAUCGCACCCUCUAGAUCUUCUCCCUCGCCGAAAGGAGCCAAGGUAGAGAAGUCGAAGGAUAGUGUCGACACUAUUGCCAACAACGUGCGAAAUUCUCAGUCCAACAACGCGAACGGUGAGCAGAAACAGGGAAAGAAGCAACACAAGAUCCGUAGGAAACUGUUAAUGGGUGGUCUGAUCAAGAGAAAGAACAGGAGCAUGCCGGAUCUGCGGGAAGGACAGGAUGGACAGGCGAACGCCAGCGUGGAGGGAGCCUCCAACACCUUGCCGAAACAGUCAGUGGACGAUUCCAGCGUAGGUUUGAAGGGUAACGAGGUGUGCCAGUCUCUGAGCGGUUAUCUGUCAGAGGGCCACCUGGAGUUCACCGGGAACAGUAACAGUAGUCCGGGUAGUACGAGCAACCCGAAUUUGGAGAGAAGUCGUCUGAUGAGGAAAAGCUUCCACGGCAGCGCCGGCAAAGUGUUACACGUGGCGAAGGUUCCGCCGCCUCCUCCGCUCAGGACCACUUCUCAGCUUAGCAAGUCUAAGUGUUCGGGUGAAGUGCACAACGAGCAGCAGUCCGAGAAAUCGGCGUAUCCUGCGCCAGAGGGUCAGUGCGUGUCGAAUCCACCUCAGGAGCAAAAUGGGACUUACUGGAAUCACGUGAACGCGACGAAUUCUAACGGAGGGUCUAACAGGUCGUCCAACUAUACCGAUUAUUCGUCCGAGUCCCAUUCGCUUCCGUUCUUGCCUUCAUACUCCAUGGAACAGAACGUCGCGAACGUGCCCACGUCCUGUCCCUCGAGCUACAACAGCAAGCCUAGAAUCCAGGACGACGUGGUGCAGUACGCCAAUGGGAUUUUGUACGAACCCACUUUCGUGGUUACCAGAGCUGACGUGCACAGUGAGCAGAGUCCAGUGAAGCAGCCAAAUCAGGUGGAUUCCUUGCCUCCGUAUCCAGAAGGUGGAAACGUUUCUCAUUCGAGACAACCUAGCGAAGAUUUUCCACCCCCGCCCUAUCCCUCUAUCCAUUCCGUGUCUCAUUCGAGGCAAGCGAGCGAGGAUUUCCCACCACCGCCACCACCGAUCGACGAAAGCUCUAAUCACGUUCAGGACAGCCAACAGCAGCAGUAUCAUCAGUAUCAACAGCAGCAAUACCAGCAGCAGUAUCAACAGCACCAGCAACCGCAGCAGCGUCAGCAGCAGCUGGAUAGCCAGCAUAUCACCAGUCUGUUGUCACAGUUGCAGAUGAAGAGAGAUCAGAUUCUGCCCUGCGAAGCUCCGAGAGAGGACAAGAGGCCGGAAGAGCAGGAGGAAGAGGAAAAAUCGUCAGGAGAAACCUGGCUGCGCGAGUUGCAGGCUAAACAGGCUGAAAGGAGGAUGAAGAAACAGGGUCCUCUCGAACAGGAUAUUCCUAAAGUUAGAUCAUCCGCUCCGACGAUCCCUGGACCAACGAUAGCUCGAAGGACGAGCGACCUGAUGAUGAAUAGCCUUGGUCAAAGCUACGAUCAGGCCAGUCGUGACGUACCAGACUGUCCAAGGGUUGUUUCCUCCGUGAAAGACAUGGCGGCUAGAUUCGAGCAGAUCAAGCUGCAGCCGGUCACGAAAACCGAACCUGAACAGAAGGUUCCGACGAAGCAGAACGCGAAUUGCGUUUCUCCUUCUCCGAUGCUGGAUACUCCUCAGGAAAUUCAGCACACGGAGGAAUCGAGACCAAUGAAACUCUCCUCGGAAAAUCUGGCGAACUUUACCAAAACUGAGAGUCCCUCGAGUCAGUCGAUCAUGAACUCUAGCUUCGAAUCCAGUUCCAGUCAGAACAGUUUCAUUUCCACCACGGCUCCGAGUAACCCCAUGCAAACGCAGCAGAGUGGAUUGAACCAGGCCAUCAUGUCGAUGUCUCUCACGCUGCCGCAUGAAAACGGUUUGCCUAUCGACUAUCCCGAGGAUGACAUCAGCGAAGUUGCCAUGCAGAAUACCAUUCAGAACACCACGAUCCUGCCCAGCGAAGAUGACAUCGCGCCGAGGAAAGUGAAACGACGAAUAGGGAAGAAGAAAAGCGUGUCGUUCUGCGAUCAAGUCGUUCUCGUGGCUACCGCUGAGGACGACGAGAAAGACUCUUACAUACCCAAUCCUAUUCUCGAGAGGGUCCUCCGUUCAGCGAUGAACAAGCCAGAAACUGCCCAAGUUCUUCGCGAGAUCAGAAGUCUCCAGGAGGCAGAGAUGAACCGAGAGAACUGUACUGCUACCAAGUUCCAACAGCAGACUCUGCCAUUAAAAAGCGAAGCUGACAGCGUCCCUGCGACUCCGUACCAAGAUCAAUUGAGGAGCGUAAACCCCAUACCUAUCCCAGACACCAUUAAGCCCACUUUUGGCAGGCAAAAUUCGAACGAGUCAGUAGGGUCGUUGGCAGACAAGAAGCUGUGUGCUUCAUACGGCAACGAAGGCCAGGAUGUUGUCAGAGACACCUACACAGGGCUGCCCAAUGUGGCAAAACCUCCCACGUCUUAUUCUCCCCAACUGCAGCAGCAGAUAAGGUAUUCCCAGAAUGGAUACAUGCCAUAUUUGCAGUCUCAGUCAACCUAUCCUCAAGCACAGACGUCUCAUCCCAGAAACCAAGGUAUUCCUCUGUCUCAGACUCAAAAGCCUGCCAGCCCUUACCCUACUCAGAUCCAGUACGUCCAGAACAACGUGCAGCAGCAGAAAACAAUGUGUCAGAAGAACACCUACCAGACUUACUACCAACUGGAACAACAGCACAACCAGAUGAACAAGCAGAUGUCCCAGCAGCAGCAGCAAAACAUGAAUCAGAGGAUCACCAACCACAACGCGAGUCCCAUAACGGUUCAGCACUCUCAGCAGCAAUUCGCGUAUCCGCCAACUCAGUCUCCCAGCCCUUAUCAGAACCAGUACAACCACAGUUCCUAUCAAGGGUACCCCUACCAGUCGGUCCCUCAGCAGAACAGAAUAAACCAACCAUUGCCGCAGUAUCAGCCACCACCCAACCCUCCAGCCUCUUACCAGCAGCAGCAGAACAUGCCGAAUUACCAACAGAGACACGAGAACUAUCAGAGGCCACCCCAGAAGGCUGAUCAGCAAAACAUCCUGGCCCCCAACCAGACGUACCCCAACGCCCUGCAGAACGGUCAGAUCCAAUCGAACAUGAAAUACCCUACGUACCAGCACCCUCCAGUGACCAAGCAGAGCAAGCAGAUGCAUUUCGUACCCUCGUCAAAGAACGCUACUGUGACCCAGUCAGCGUCUACCUUACAGAAGCCUGCUGUAGGUGGCGCUGCGAGGACCGCGCCGUGUCACCUCUGCCGGAAGAAGCAGGUGACCGAGCCUGCCAUUUACUGCUCGGAUUGCGACUUUUACAUGUCCCGUUUCCGGCCAAAGAACUGA